AUGGCUGACGUGGUGCUUGGUGACAUGGCGCCAUCAGUUUCGGACAACUUUCUGAGUGACAGUCGACCACAGUCGCGGCUGUGCCACAAUGCGCACGAGAAGGCAGAGCUCUACUUACGCCCAGGAGUAAAAUUUGUGGCAAAGGUUUUGCACUGUGGAUGA